AUGAGUUCUAAGACAUCGGGCAAACAAUUUAGCGAUCGAUUGUUGGAUCCGUUGGAAGAGUCGAUGGCGAAGAUGUUGGCCACUGAUUACGUCCAGAAGAUACUAAUGACCGGAGAAAUGAGUGAUGAGAACAUACGGUACGCACAGAAAAACUGGAAGAGAUCUAAAGACAUUGUUCCGAAAUCCACUUUAGAUAUGAUGAGACGGGCCUACAGUCUUGCCGUCACUGAAACGGACCGCAAAAUACUGGAGCCGUUUGUGACUACAAUUGCCGCCGAUUUGGACAAAUACUACGACCGCUUUGAGCGACAAUUGGGAGGCAUUGGCGACGACCUAAAGGCACAGCCGAUGGACGCGAUUACAGUUGACUAUACGAUAAUGCAUUACCAGGAGCUGAAACGGGGCUCAAUUUUGCGUAUGAUUCUCACUCAAAUGGUGGGCAUUUGGCUGAUAGAUAAACUGCACGAGUAUUUAAAACAUGAGCCCCGGUAUCGGCCCAACCCUUUGGCCACUAAUCUAUUGUUUCUGGAUUUUGAUCCAAAUGCGAUAACCACUGGAUUUAAGAGUGUUAUCGAUAGAAAUGGUGGUCACAUAUCCGCCGCCGAAGAGCUAGAGCUGAUCCAAUUUGCCAAAGAACUAAUAGACAUGGAAAUCAAGUUUCAUCUCAACGAAGAUUUACUUGAUGAUGGUACUUUCUUUUAUACCGUUAAACGGUUUGCAUCGCCGCCGGAAUCGCCGAUCAAUUGUGUGUUAUUUGAGGACUCGUUGACUGGUAUUACCGGUGCUGUGGCUUCGGCCCUGUUGACCAUGAUGUCAGUGGCCAGCCUAUUGGUAUCCUGGUCACAACGUCUGUCCCACCUGUAUCUAUACAACGGUAUAUUUGGUUUGGGCGCCGGCGCCUGGAUUAACGCCAAAAACGUGUGGACUAUUGAGUUGUGGCAGCACAGGUCGGCACCCGUACUACAACUAUCAGCCCUUAUGUUUGGUGUGGGCAGUAUUCUCGGCCCUCUUAUCGACGACCCGUAUCUGAUUGGUCACAUCAAACAACUGACUGUUAUAGACAAUACACCGAUUGAUGGCCUGACCGGUGCCGUCGAUAAGCGAAAUCAUCACAAGAAAAAGCAACAAAUUGUGAAAAAUCAGCGCUAUUUUGGCGAAUUCCGGUGCCAUGAGUGCAGUUGGCGCUGGUCUUCAGGAUAUUGUUGGCUGUCUUUCAAACAGCAGUGCAAAAAGUGCGGUCAGUGGUCGCAGCCCAUCAAUAUGCGCGAGUUAGACAAGUCUGGUCUGGUCAAACCGGGUCGUGAGCCGCACCAGACCGAUAAGUGCCAAAAAUGCCGAUCCCUGGGCUACGACUGCAACCAAAACAAGCCAGGUGAGUUAGUGGCAAACAAGCGAUAUUUUGGUGAAUUCCGGUGCCAUAAGUGCCACCGGCACUGGUAUUCGGCCGCGUGUUGGCUCGGAUUUAAACAACAGUGCAAUGGUUGUGAUCAGUGGUCAGACCCAUCAAACAUGCGUCAAUUGAGACCCACUGAUCAUCCCGAUGACAGCCAUGUGCCGCACCGGAUGGACAAAUGCCAAAAGUGUCAGGCAUUGGGCGCUGACUGUAGUCGCCGUGAUUAAGGGUAUUGCCUGUGAAGUU